AUGUGGGCCGCGGGGGUGGCGGCGCUGCUGUGGGGGCUGAGCUGCGGCGCCUCGGCCCUGUGGAGGUAUUCAAGUAACAGCCCAAACUACCACAUCUUUAGUUCCAGAAGUACUAUUAAGUUAGAGUAUGAAGGAACGUUAUUUUCUGAGUGGAGUGUGCCAGGAACUUGUUCUAUGAAAAAUAAAAGAUCACCCAAGACAGAACUGCGUUGUCCUCCUGGUAUUCAGAUUAUAAAACCAAUUGUGACAGGCCCAGACUUAGAAGAAGAACGCUAUUUAUCUGUGGACAGUUCUCAUACUUGCUUUCUGUGGUAUUAUAAAGUUAUAAAUUUUGUUCACAAUUUAACCCAGGUUAUUGUUAUAUGGAUAUACGAUCCAGAAAAUGCAGACCCUAGUGAGUUGCUAUGGAAUGCAAAUGAGCCUUCACUAAAUUCGAUAAUACUUACCAAGCAGUUGGCUACUUUGGGACAGACACCUAUCAUAUAUACAAUUCUGAGGAGAAAAGUUUAUUUUCCACAUACAAGAAUGAAGAAUGGGACGUGGCAUAUCUCAGUACCAAUGACAGCAGGUGACAUGCUAAAGGAGAUUAGAGGAAAUCAAGUGGCUUUUCAAGAUUGCUUCAUUGCAGAUUUUCUUUUCUUGCUGACUGUUCCUUUGUUGACCAUCCCUGAGAUCCCUGGUUCUUUACCGAUCUCCUCACCACGUGGUAGUCAGUUAAUGGCGGACUGGUAUGAUUGUGUUCUUUCCUUUGUUGUUGUGGUAGCCGAUAUGGAGACCUUUCAAACAAAUGAUUCAUUCCGGACUUGGACCAGGGUCAGAGUGCCUCCAAACAUUCUGACUGACGAUGAGAGACACAGUGUGUCUGAUAUGAACCUAUCACAGGAUGGAAUAUUUUUUCUAAUAAAUGGUAUUCUUUACGUAAAAAGUUUUCAUGAAUUUACAAGACUGGGAAGAAAUGUAGAUCUUCCUGAUGGUGGAAUUAUUGGCAUUACAUCAAGAAAAUGGUGUUGGGUCAGAUAUUUAAUGAAGGCCAAAAGAGGAAGAAGCAGCAUGGCAAUCUGGACAGAAAAUGAAGUUUAUCUUGGACAUACUGGUCUUAAAUUUGUCAAAAUAAUAACUACUGAAAACCUGAAAAAACUUCUAAAUAUAUCACCAGCUACUACUCUGACUAUACACAAUGUUGAGUAUACGGCGCACCCUUUGGAACUUGCCUUGUUAUUAAAUUACUGCGUUACAUGUACAGUUAGCAAAAAGGUUUACCUUGUGAUAUAUAACGAAGAUUCCAAAGAGUGGGCACACCAAGACUUUGCAUUAGAUGUCGCUAUUGACAGCUUUUUAAUUCCACGUUUUCUGUAUUCAGCAAUGCCAGAAUUCAUACUAUGGGACAAACAUAGAAUCUACUAUUAUUACCACAAUCUCACCAUUACUGGAGUUUUACAGACACCUACAGAAUCUGGAAAUCUAUCAAGAUUGUCAGAUAACAGCAUUAUUCAUGAUGUUUUUACAGAUUAUUUUGGAAAUAUUGUGGUAAAAAUGGAAAAUAAUAUAAUGUUUUAUUUCAAGAUUAAUAUUAGAGAUGCAGUAAAGCUACAUUUAUGGACAAAUAGUACAAUAAAAUCAGUGACUUCCAUGAAUGCAUGGGGUCAAGUAUAUCUCAUAUACGUUUUUGAAAAUGGCACAAUACAUCCACAGGAAUAUCCCUUAAAACUGGAAGCAGAAAGUAUAGCUUUCCAAAGAAAAGAGAAAUGCCCCUACAUAGCAUUUCAUAAUAAUAUUUUUACCGUUUUUUACUUUUUGGACAAGGGACAGAACCUGUCAGUUUGGGCCCAAAUAGUCUAUCCAGAAAAUGUUGGUCUGUAUAUUAUUGUGGAAUCUUAUGGCCCAAAAAUACUAGAACAAAAAGAACAAGUUCACUAUGAAAUUGCCUCAGGAUACUGUACUAAAACCAUGACAGUAACAUUUUCUCAGAAUGUAAAUUAUGAAGCAGUUGAUGAUUACUUCAAGUUGCAACACCAGAACACCGGUCUUCUGCUUGUUCAGAUUAGGCCUAGUGAAUAUGCAAGAACAUGUCCAAGAUCCCAAAAUGUGUUCCAAGUAGCUGUUGGCUGUGAUGGUAAUAAAUUCAUUGCUGUUAAAGGAUUUAAUAAAAAAGAAUGUCUUCAGCAUGACUUUAUUUACAUUAUCGAAAAGUCAUUUCUGAGGAAUCGACCAUCUAAAAACUUGAGAGUAAGAUAUAAUUGGAAAGAAUAUGGCUGUCCAUUGAGACUUGAUUUCAGAGAAAAGUUUCACCCUUUGCUUCAAUUAUACGAUGACAACGGCUUUGUUGAAGAUGUUGGAGUAAAUUUCAUAGUGUGGGAAAUACACGGCAGGGACGACUACACCUUUAACAACACUAUGAAGAAGAGUGGUUGUUUAAAUGAAGCCCAGACAUGGAAGUCGAUGACUACACUUAACAAGCACCUGCCACUAGAAGAUGCCUGGGGACCGGAGAACUAUAAGCACUGUUUUUCUUAUGCUAUUGGAAAGCCGGGAGACUUAAAUCAACCAUAUGAGAUUAUCAACAAGUCUAACCAUAACCAUUUAGUUUGGCCCAUGGACCAUUCCGGAAUGUAUGUGUUUCGUGUGAAGAUCCUGGAUCCAAACUAUAGUUUCUGUAACCUAACGGCUAUAUUUGCAAUAGAGACCUUUGGAGUGAUUCCCAGUCCAAGUGUCUACCUGGUCGCCUCGCUCCUCUUUCUGCUGACACUCCUGUUCUUCAGUGUUCUAGUUUUGAGCUAUUUCCAUUAUAUGAGGAUUUAUAAACAAUAUAUUUAUGCACCACUUCACAAACCUGAAAGAAAACAAAAGACUAACUAG